CACACGCAAACAUGUCAGUUUCACCAUCACCUCAUCAUGUGGUUCUCUUCCCUUACAUGUCAAAGGGCCACACCAUUCCUCUCCUCCAAUUCGCCCGCCUCCUCAUCCGUCACCGUUGUGUCACCUCCUCCUCCAACGACGGCGAAGAGCCAUCCAUGUCCAUCACCAUCUUCACCACCCCACAAAACAAACCUUUCAUCUCAAACUUCCUCUCCGACGUCACAUCAUCUAUAAAAAUAAUCUCCCUCCCUUUCCCGGAAAACAUCGCCGGAAUCACUCCCGGCGUCGAAAGCACCGACAAGCUCCCUUCCAUGUCGCUCUACGUGCCUUUCACGCGUGCAACCAAAUCUCUCCAGCCUCUCUUCGAAGAAACGCUCAAGAAUCUUCCACAAGUCACGUUCAUGGUCUCCGACGGAUUCCUGUGGUGGACACUGGACUCCGCCGCUAAGUUCGAGAUCCCGAGACUAGCCUUCUUCGGCAUGAACUCGUACUCGUCGGCUCUCUACAACUCCGUCUCCGUACACCAACUCUUUACCAAACCGGGAAAUAUUAAAUCCGAUACCGAACCGGUUACUGUACCGGAUUUUCAAUGGAUCCGGGUUAAGAAGUGCGACUUCGUCCCGGUUUUCACCGAACCGGAUCAAUCAGGUACAGAGUUCGAUUUACUCAUGGACCAAUUAAUGUCUACUGGGAAGAGCCGUGGGGUUAUAGUGAACAGCUUUUACGAGCUCGAGUCAACGUUCGUUGACUAUCGCCUAGGCGUUAGGGGUGAGCCCAAGCCGCGGUGUGUUGGGCCAUUGUGCUUGGUAAACCCUCCUAAACCGGAAAGUGAUAAACCGAUUUGGAUUGACUGGUUGGACCGGAAGCGAGAGGAAAGAUGUCCGGUUUUGUACGUGGCCUUUGGAACGCAGGCUGAGAUAUCGAACGAGCAGCUCAGAGAAAUAGCCUUAGGCAUGGAAGAUUCCAAGGCAAACUUCUUGUGGGUCACGAGAAUGGACGUGGAAGAUAUGAUUGGAGUAGGGUUCGAGAAGAGAGUGAGAGAGCAUGGAAUGAUUGUUAGAGAUUGGGUGGACCAAUGGGAAAUACUGUCCCAUGAAAGUGUGAAAGGUUUUUUAAGCCAUUGCGGAUGGAACUCGGCGCAAGAGAGUAUAUGCGCCGGGAUUCCCGUGCUCGCUUGGCCAAUGAUGGCCGAGCAGCCACUCAAUGCCAAGUUGGUCGUGGAGGAGCUAAAGGUCGGAGUAAGAAUCGAAACAGAAGAUGGAACUCUCGAAGGGUUCGUGUCAAGAGAAGAAGUCAGUCAAAAGGUUAAAGUGUUGAUGGAAGGAGAGAUGGGGAAGACUGCGAGAAAGAACGUGAAAGAGUAUGCAGAAAUGGCUAGAGAAGCUUUGGCUCAAGGGACAGGUUCGUCAUGGAAGAAUUUGAGUUUGCUUCUUGAAGAGUUAUGUAAGAUUAGAGAAACAAAUGAUGUUAAUAAGCUGUCAAGCCAUGAUUAGAGAGCAGUGUACUCUUGGUUGUUGUUUCAAUCUGACUAAGGUCAUAACCUUACUGUUCUUCUGAAUAAAAUAAAAAAUAAAAAAGUUUGUAUGUGUUAUAAAUAUCUGAUAUGAGAAACAGAUCAUACAAUAUAACAUUAAG